UCAUCAAAUGUGCACGAAGCUCACGAAGUCUGCAUUUUGGCAACUCUGAAGAGAGAGGGAGCGAGAGAGCGAGGUCUCUUCCCUAUAUAUACCCAGCGAAGCCUCCCAAACGUAAAGCACCUCCACUCCUCCACACAUCUCUCUCUCUCUCUCUCUGCGAAUUCCUUGGAUUCUGUGCAGGACUCCCAUUUCUCUCUCUCGUUCUCUUCCUAACCUCAGCUUGACCAACAGCUAGAGACAGCGGACGGCAUUUUGGGAUCUCUCAGAUAUUUUGGUGAGGGAUUUCAUUUGAAGUGACUCGCGAGGAAGAAGAAGAAGAAGCACCAGAGAAAGAAAUGGCCAAGAACGUUGGAAUUCUCGCCGCCGACAUCUACUUCCCUCCUACCUGUAUUCAGCAGGAAGCCUUGGAGGCUCACGAUGGUGCAAGCAAAGGAAAGUACACUAUCGGACUUGGACAAGAUUGCAUGGCGUUUUGUUCAGAGGUGGAAGAUGUCAUCUCCAUGAGUUUGACAGUGGUUACCUCCCUUCUUGAGAAAUAUGGGAUUGAUCCAAAACAAAUUGGUCGGCUGGAAGUAGGCAGCGAAACUGUCAUAGACAAAAGCAAAUCUAUUAAGACCUUCCUGAUGACAAUUUUUGAGAAACAUGGAAAUACUGACAUUGAAGGUGUCGACUCAACUAAUGCAUGCUAUGGGGGAACUGCAGCUUUAUUCAACUGUGUGAAUUGGGUGGAGAGUAGCUCGUGGGAUGGACGCUAUGGGCUUGUCGUGUGCACUGACAGUGCGGUCUAUGCCGAAGGACCGGCCCGACCAACUGGUGGAGCAGCUGCUAUUGCUUUGCUGAUUGGACCUGAUGCUCCUAUUGCUUUUGAAAGCAAAAUUAGGGGAAGUCAUAUGGCUCAUGUCUAUGAUUUUUACAAGCCCGACCUUGCUAGUGAAUAUCCGGUUGUUGAUGGAAAACUUUCUCAAACAUGUUAUCUGAAGGCUCUCGAUUCUUGCUACAAGGAAUUGUGUAAAAAGUAUGAGAAAUUGGAAGGCAAACAAUUUUCUCUGGCUGAUGCUGAGUAUUUCGUAUUUCAUUCUCCUUAUAACAAGCUUGUACAAAAAAGCUUUGCCCGUUUGGUAUUCAAUGACUCCGAGAGGAAUGCCAGCUCCAUUGAUGAGGCCGCUAAAGAAAAGCUGGCCCCAUUUGCGAGCCUACCUGGUGAUGAGAGCUACCAAAGCCGGGAUCUUGAAAAGGUAUCCCAGCAAGUUGCAAAGCCCCUAUAUGAUGCUAAGGUGCAACCAACAACUUUGGUACCAAAGCAAGUUGGGAACAUGUACACUGCAUCUCUUUAUGCGGCAUUUGUAUCGCUCCUCCAUAAUAAGCACAGCUCAUUGGAUGGCAAGCGGGUGAUACUCUUCUCUUAUGGAAGUGGCUCAACUGCUACUAUGUUCUCAUUGCGCCUCAAUGCCGGUCAACAUCCCUUUAGCUUGGAGAACAUUGCAGCAGUGUUGAAUGUUGGAGAAAAGUUGAAGUCAAGACAUGAGUUCCCGCCCGAGAAGUUUGUUGAAGUUAUGAAGAUCAUGGAGCACAGGUAUGGUGGCAAAGACUUUGUGACAAACCAGGACAUUAGCCUUCUACUUCCAGGCACAUACUAUCUUACUGAAGUUGACUCUAAGUACCGUAGAUUCUAUGCCAAGAAGGAAGGAGGCUGUACUGCCGCCGUCACCUCCAAUGAGAAUGGAGUGGUUGCCAACGGUCACUGAUGAACAUAUCCAAGUCUGUAAAUGCCAAGAAGUAGGCAUUUAUGUUAUUAGAUGUCAGUUGUAACUCGUAAAGCAGAACAUCUUACAUCUCCGGCUUCCAUUAAGUUUGUAUGUUAAAAGCAAAUAGUUUGUUUCGCAGCAAGUAUU